CAAGAACAAAAUUAUAACCACCUGAUACUAAACAGUGCAACCCAGACACCUACAAAUGAAAAACCACGGAUGAACAAUAUCCUCACUUCCGCCACGGAGCCCUAUGAUCUCUCCUUUUCCAGGUCCUUCCAGAACCUCUCCCAUCUCCCGCCAUCUUACGAGGCUGCAGUCAAGACUAACCCAAGUAAAUAUUCUUCUCUGAAGAGAUUAACUGACAAAGAAGCUGAUGAAUAUUACAUGAAGAGGAGACAUCUUCCUGAUUUGGCAGCACGAGGGACCCUCCCUCUCAAUGUCAUCCAAAUGUCUCAGAAACAGACCAACCACAGAGAACGGCCCCGCCGACCCAUACGGGCUAUGUCCCAGGACAGGGUGCUGUCCCCUGAGAGGGUCAUGCCCGAGGAGUUCAGCAUGUCCUAUGAACGGAUCCUCUCUGAUGAACAGCUUUUGUCCGCAGAGCGCCUCCAUUCCCAAGACCCCCUGCUCUCUCCGGAGCGCACAGGUUUCGCAGACCAGUCCAUGUCGCGCGCAUUGUCACACACAGACGUCUUUGUUUCUACGCCUGUCUUGGAUCGCUACAGGAUGACAAAGAUGCACUCCCAUCCCAGUGCCUCAAAUAACUUGUACAAUACCUUAUGUAUGAACCAAACUUCCGCCAAGCGCCAAGCAUUUGCCUCCCGACGGCACAACACAGUGGAACAACUGCAUUAUAUCCCAGGACACCACCACCAUUACCGCACAGCGAGCAAAACAGAGGUGACUGUUUGAUAUGACACAGUGCAUUGUAGAUAAUCAGUAAGGACUGGUGUGACCCCAGCACCCCAAACUGCAGUGGCCUUACAGGCCAAGAUAACCUCUAACUGAGUGU